CUCCAUCUUUACCAGAUGUAUUUGGCUCCUCCCAGGCAGUUUACUAAAACAUUCCAGCCCACCUCUGGGAGUCUGCUUCCUCCUCCACACACUCUCACUCAACCCAAGGAGCUAGUGAGACUGAGCCGACACAAAAUGAGAGCACUCGUUGUCUUGGUUACUUUGACCUGCUUUGCCAACGCCCAGCACCAGGCACUGAUUGACUACUUGGAGCGAAGGCUGCUCACUAUUGAGGACCGGAUCUCUCUGUGGCAUGAGCAGACCGCCCGCUACGCCUCCGAGCUGCGUGCUUUGAAGCAACAGAUGGUUUCCCAGCUGGAGACCCUGGAUAAAGAGAAAGAGACAUUGAGAAUGACUCUGGACGGUGUGGGGACGAGGGUGGAUCGGGUUGAGCGUGAGCUGGACUACCUAGAGACUCAGAAUGGAGCGCAGCCGUGUGUGGACGUGGACGACAAGCUGAUAGAGCAGCAGGUGACGCUGGUGCAGGAAAAGCAGAGGGCCAAGUAUUCAAAAUUAUCAGACUGCAGCGAAAUGAUCUCCAGCAUAAAAGCCAUGAAGAUCUUGAAGCGAGUCGGAGGACCAAAGGGAAUGUGGACCAGAGACACCGGCAGAGGCUCUGGGAAGGUCUACGUUUUCAACGGGACGGAUGAAGACACCAUCCACGUGUUUGCGUCCGUGCAAGACUUCUCUCGCUCGCCGGGCGUCACUCUGUCCAGGAACCUAAAGCUGCCGUCCGCUUGGAGGGGAACAGGACACGUUGUCUUCAACAACUACGCGUAUUAUUUCACUCAGGCAGAAGAGAUAAUGUUGAUUAAAUUUGACAUGAAUAGCAGCUUUGUGAGAGACAGCACAGUGUUCCCAGUGCAGGACCACGUCCCGGUGUACGGCCUGAACCCGGAGACAGUGAUGGACCUGGCCGUGGACGAGGAAGGCCUGUGGGCCAUUUACUCCACCAGGCAGAGCGAGAGGUACAUAUCUCUGGCAAAAAUUGACGCCACCUCGCUGGACAUUGAGCAAAUGUGGGACACAAACUGUCCAAGAGAGAACGCCGAGGCGGCUUUUGUCAUCUGUGGCACUCUGUACGUGGUGUACAACACCAAGCAGCCUGGGCGCUCACGUGUCCAGUGUGUGUUCGACGCCAAUGGUAUGGUGACCAACGAAGAUGCGCCACUGAUUUACUUUCCAAAGCGGUACGGAUCGCACUCUAGUCUGAAGUACAACCCGCAGGAGCAGCUGCUCUAUGCAUGGGACGAUGGCUACCAGAUCCUGUACAAGCUAAUCAUGAAAAAGAAACUAGAGAUUUAAACCCAAAAAAAACACCACACCAUCAACCACCACAAACCAGACCCAAGUCCCAUUAAAGCAAGAUAGAAGUUUGGACUCUUUAACUAAAACAUGUGUACUCAAUAUUACUACAGAACAUUUUACAUUUUAGAAUCUGCCCCUGGUUUACUUUAUGAAUGUAUGAUCUGAUUUCAUCAUCAUUGUUUUUGUUAAUGCGGCAAAUAUUAUACUAUAGAUUGGUACAAUUUACCAAACUGCUCACUUUAAUCUAAAUGUAUCAAUCAAUCUGUAUUUUUUUAUUUUACAUGUCAUUUUGUCUAGAUCAUGGUAGCAUCAAUGAUGCAUAAAACUAGUAUUAACCUCUAGUUCAGCAUAGUACAUUUCAAAUAAACAAUUUGUUUAGUUAUGCUUCACAUUUGUCAGAUAUAAUGCUACCAUAUAAAUGUUGUCACUAUUGUGGGUAACCUCACAGCUGCAUUAAACGUGUCUUGGAUAUUAGGAUACGUGCAGAAACAGCUAGCUGGCUAGUGUCGUUUUUUUUCAGUUUAUGCAUGUGAUGAACUUCCGGUCCAAAGCGAGCACAUAUGUAUUUUGUGGCUUUAACUUUUUACUAAAUGGCACCAAAAAAGGGCACCACUAUUUCAAUUAUACAUCUGAUAUUAUGGAAUUGUUUAGUUAUAUAUAAUAUAUAACAUUGAUUUCCUACUGUUUUACAUUUUAAUUGUUGUUGAAUGUUGAAUUUCAAGAAGAAAUGCAAACUACACUUGUUAAUGCAAGAAGUCAUUCAUCUCCAUUUCAGAGAGUAAGAUGCAAACAAAUUCAAAGUAAUGGGUUUGUGUGAUAGUUUUCUGCUACUGUACUAUCUACUAUCUUUUCUCGAUUUCAACUUUGUUUCUUGAAGCUGACCUGCACGGACUGACGUUGACAUACGGCGUGACUAAUAAAAACAUGUUUAGUUGGAA